CACAAGAUAAGUCAAACAAGUAUAACGUUAAUUUAAUUCAAAUAAUCGAAAGGAAAAAAACCUAUAGAAAUCCAACCACAUUCGGUGUCCUAGUGCCCUUGCACUGACACUGGUCAUGUGGGUCAUGAACAAACACGUGCACAGAAAACCUUCGAACUGAUCGGGCAUUCAACGAGUUCUUCGUACAUAAAAUCCUUGCUUUCGGAGCUUAAUCAUGUCUUCCACCUUGGAUAUUUUGGGUGCUGGAUUCUCAUCAAUUCUAGGAGUGGAUCUAGACAAUUACAAUAUCAAGGAUCUCGGUAAGCCAAGAGAGAUAUCAAUUUACGAUCUCUUCAAGCAAACCUAUGUUAUGAGGCCGAUGAGGGUCGACUACAACUACGACUGCGAAGAUCAGUUGGUUGUUUCGACACUUACAAGGAAAGAGCUCAUGAUUCCUUUCGUAUCAUCCUCGUGUACCAUAGAACAAGUUAAAACAAUGAUCAGUGAAAAGGAAGGUAUUCCUAUAGAUCAGCAGAGACUGAUUUACAGCGGCGAACAACUUAUGGAUGGCAACACACUCAAAUACUAUGGCAUUCGCCCAGGAGCGACGCUCCAUCUGGUUCUACGGCUACGUGGUGGUGGAUUCACCUCAUACAAGCUAUGUGCAGAUGAACUAGACCCCGAAUUUGACUUCGACUUCUCAAAUAUGAAUGAUGAUGGCAAGACGUAUGCGAGAGGAGGAUUUGAAUACAAGCGCGGGCCUUAUGGUUGGAAAAGAAUCGCCAUCAAAGUGAUUGGAAGGUAUGAAUCCGACGACUGGCUUGGUCCAAAUGGAAUCCGUACUUGUGAAGCGCCGAAUGAGUGGCCUGUAUCAUACCAUGGGACGAAUUUCGCGAAUUCGAAUUCGAUUUUAGAAAAUGGGUUCAAAGCUGGCGACAGAGCUCUCUAUGGAAAGGGGAUUUACUCCAGCCCAAGUCUAGAAAUGGUGGAGAGAUGUUAUGCUCAAGAGUUCACUCAGCAAGGGAAGAAGUACAAGAUUGUGUUCCAGAAUCGUGUUAAUCCUGAUCAGCUGCAUGGCAAUUUGAAGGUGAUUCCAGCGUCAGUAACAGGAGUGGGUGCAGAUUACUGGGUGGCGCCAAAGCACGACACCAGGAGGGGUGUGAUUGAUGUGCGUCCCUAUAGAAUCCUUAUCAAGGAGGUGAUCUCGGAAAGCGCGCAAUGCAUGAUUUUCUGAUUGAAACAUUGCCGUGAAGGACGCCAUUUCGUUUUGAGUUGGAUUUGAAGAGUACAAAGAAGUCAUAGCUGCACAUUUGAAGUUUGUAGUAAUGUUUCAAGUUAUGUGCAAGAAACAUUUUACUAGAAUGAAAGCUUAUUUUAAGUAAGUGUUUAUCCGUUUUUUGUAAUUCGUAUAGCCGCCAACAAAGUUAACCUUACGAAGUUUUUUCUUUCGAAAA